AAGUCAAUCCAGCACCCUUCCUCCCGAGCUUGAUCGGUUCAUCCUUCGCGUUCUAGUUCGUUUAUUCAAUUCCAAUGGCGCCUCUCGGUGAUGUUGUUCCUCCCGCUGCCACGGCGGCCUCUGGCCUCGUCGUCUCCUUCGGUGAGAUGCUGAUCGACUUUGUGCCGGACGUGGCCGGCGUCUCCCUCGCCGAGUCCGGAGGCUUCGUCAAGGCGCCCGGAGGUGCGCCCGCCAAUGUUGCAUGCGCCAUCUCUAAGCUUGGCGGCUCGUCCGCCUUCGUCGGCAAGUUCGGCGACGACGAGUUCGGGCACAUGCUGGUGGACAUCCUGAAGCAGAACGACGUGAACGCCGAGGGCUGCCUCUUCGACCAGCACGCGCGCACCGCGCUGGCCUUCGUCACACUCAAGACCAACGGCGAGCGUGAGUUCAUGUUCUACCGCAACCCGUCCGCCGACAUGCUCCUCACGGAGGCGGAGCUCAACCUCGACCUCAUCCGCCGUGCCCGCAUCUUCCACUACGGCUCCAUCUCGCUCAUCACCGAGCCAUGCCGCUCCGCCCACGUCGCCGCCAUGCGUGCCGCCAAGUCUGCCGGCAUCCUCUGCUCCUACGACCCCAACGUGCGCCUCCCGCUCUGGCCCUCCGCCCAGGCUGCCCGCGACGGCAUCAUGAGCAUCUGGAAGGAGGCCGACUUCAUCAAGGUGAGCGACGACGAGGUGGCCUUCCUCACCCAGGGCGACGCCUACGACGAGAAGAACGUCCUCUCCCUCUGGUUCGAGGGCCUCAAGCUGCUCGUCGUCACCGACGGCGAGAAGGGGUGCAGGUACUUCACCAAGGACUUCAAGGGAUCCGUGGCUGGGUACGCCGUCAACACGGUUGAUACCACUGGCGCCGGCGAUGCCUUCGUUGGAUCCCUUCUCCUCAAUGUCGCCAAGGACGACUCCAUCUUCUACAAUGAGGCCAAGCUGAGGGAGGUGUUGCAAUUCUCAAACGCUUGCGGAGCCAUCUGCACCACCAAGAAGGGAGCCAUUCCAGCGCUGCCCACCACCGCCACUGCCCUCGAGCUCAUCGUCAAGGGCACCAACUAGAUAGCGUCAUCGAUCUUGGCGUCACGAUCGGUCGACGUCAUGUCCGGGUUGAAUCUUAAUUAGGAGAGUUUAGGUGCAUUUUUAUUUUUACUAGGGACGAUUUAAGUUUAGUUCGUUAUUAUGUGAUCUCGUGUGCGCUUAAUAAAAAGCAACAUGUGGUGAUUUGGUUGCUUCCGUUUGGUGGCUGUCUUUGUGUAAGGAGGCUAU